GGUGCAGCGGGCCGAGAGAAAUGGUCUUCAAUGGCAUUUGGAACGACGAAGAUAUUUGCCAUGUGUCAUAGCUUGGGACUGCCACCGGGCGUAGCCAGUCUUCACUUCGCAUAUCCCCCUUGUCUGAAUGCCGCUGAAGACCAUCUCUCUCCCGCCGUCGUACCUCCGGCUCCAGAACGGCAGUAGGGCCGGUGGUAGUCCCAAGCUAUGGCAGCAGUUGCUGGACUUCCCCUUCUCUAAGAGGCUGGUGGAUGGAAGGACGUACACAGUAUGUGGGAGUCCUGAGUUUAUGGCUCCUGAGAUGAUCAAUGGCCAAGGUCAUGGACAGGCAGUUGACUGGUGGGCUCUGGGAGUGAUGAUAUACAGGCUGCUGCAUGGAGAGGGCCCAUUUGCUUCAUCCAGAGACAAUGACCUUGAGAUAUUCAAUCGCAUAACAAGAAGGCAACUCAAGUACCCGAAGAACUUCAGCAAGAUACUUAUCGACUUGAUAGAAAAGCUGUUGGCAACAAACCCAAAUGAGAGAUUGGGUUGUGGUGCCCGAGGUGUGGAUGCAAUCAAGAAGCAUCCAUGGUUUGGAGAUGUUGACUGGAAGGCAACGAUGUCGAACAGGACAGAGGCACCAGCUCUAGUCCAGGAGAAAAUAGCGGCACUCGGCAAGCGCAAUCUCACAGAGCCUCUGGCAUUGCCAUCGAAAAGCCAAGCUGGUCCAAGCAGCAGCAGCGGCAGCACAUCAGACGCGAAGACUGGGUUUGAAAACUGGUGAACCCCCUUGGAAGCUGACCACCAAACAGGCUGAUUACACGCCAAACAUUGAGAUGAUUUGGCACUGUUCCCUCCUCAGCGCACCGAGCAGCUGCUUCGUCCGUCCGUCUCAAGCAUAUUGUGACGUGUGCAACUGCACAAUGAUGCCAUUAGUUCUU